AUGAAGGCGCUAGAUCGUGAUCGUUACUUCCGAAGUUGUAACGCUGAUGUAACGACGUACGAGAUGUGGCGCCUUUCAACAUUAUUGCUCGUGGUGCACUGUCUGGUAGCGGUUCAUCUUUUCGGCUUUAAGUUUGUUAACCCAUGGCCAAUAUGUCCGGCUAACGAUAAGCGUCUACUCUCCCUGUUCAAUCUGCUGUGCAACACAACACAAACGUCUACCGUGACAACCCGAGAUGCUUGUUACGGGUGCUUUUUCAGGGCGGGUGCUCUUGCAGCAGGAUCAUCACAACUGGCAGCAAUCAGCCAAUGUGCUUCCCUGUAUCUCAUCAAUACUAGCUAUGCAACUUGUGCAACCAAUCUUGCAGGCAUUGUGACAGGUUCGCGCCCCGUAACUGUCUCGCCAACUAGUGCAUCUAGCGCCGAUUGCUACUCCGGACACUGUGAGUUUGUGCAGUGCAUCAGAAGGAUAAACGGGAACAUGCUUAUCAAUCAAUGCAUUCUGCAAACGCUCGUCAAUCGCGAUCUCAACGUGGAGGCGCAACGGAUCGGAUUCUACGUGAACACUACCUCAUGCAUUCUGGCCAAAGCUCGGUGUGAUCCUUACAAUCCAAUCACAGGACAGCUACAACAGCCGCUCAAUGUUCCAGUCGGAACAAUCGGGCGGACGGGCUCUAACUCGCUGCAAAUAUCGACAACUGGUGAUAUACGGAUCGUAUCGUUUCCUAUGAAGGUUUCUGUUGGAGAUGCUUUCUGUUCAUCGAAAACGUUGCUGGAUCAAUCAACGUUUGGUAAUUCUAUCUGCUAA